GUGCGCACGCGUCAAUCUCACGACAUUUCCGCGAGUACACAAACAAGGAAGAGUCUUUCAGCCGAUGUUUGGUAAUCCUCAAAAAUGAGCUCGAUGAUGUCCUGCGGGAUUUUGAUGAGUUUUUGCUGCAUACUUUCGAGCACAUAUGCAUCUUCCGACGUCUUCGAUGGGGUUUUGGGAAACACGGGGUCUUGUCAUAACACAUGUCAGAUGACUUACAGUUUGCACACUUAUCCCCGGGAGGAGGCGCUGUACGCCUGUCAGAGAGGAUGUCGUCUCUUCUCCAUCUGUCAGUUUGUGGGGAACAGCAAGGAUCUCAACGAAACCAAAGCUGAAUGCGAGUCAGCCUGUCGUGAAGCCUACACCCAGUCAGAUGAGCUGUACGCAUGCAAUCUAGGAUGCCAGAGUCAACAGCCAUUUGCAGAGCAAAGAGUGGAGCAGUUGUUGAUGAUGAUACCCAGAAUCCAUGUCCUGUACCCGCUGACUUUGGUGAGGGGUUUCUGGGAAGACAUGAUGAGCCAAGCUCACAGUUUCAUCACUUCAUCCUGGACGUUUUACCUCCAGGCAGAUGAUGGCAAAGUGGUCAUUUUCCAGUCUGAGCCACAAGUGCAGUUUAUCCCUCAGUUUGAAUUCCAGAGCGACGAGACUGAGGAGUCACAGAGCACUUUUGUAGAUCAGGAAAUGAAAAGCCCUGUUUAUAAAGACUACCCAAGAAGCUUGAUUCAGGAGAGAGACAGAGACAUGUUCAUCGAUAGAAGCAUCUCCGAGGACGAUUACAACCUCUUCAGCUGUCUCUCAAGGAACCCAUGGCUGCCUGGCUGGAUCCUGACCACCACUCUCGUUCUGUCCGUUUUGGUUCUGAUCUGGAUCUGUUGUGCCACAAUGUCCACUGCUGUUGAGCAGUAUGUCCCUGCUGAGAAGCUAAGCAUAUACGGGGAUAUGGAGUACAUGAAGGAGAAGAAACUGACCCCGUAUUUACAGUCCUCUCUGGUCAUCAUCAGAUCUCCUGGAGUGGAGGAGCAGGAAGCUGGACCCCUUCCAUCAAAGGUCAAUCUGGAUCAGUCUAACAUUUAACCAGUCUAACAUACAGAGAAACUGAUAGAUAUUUUGGUUUUCUCUCUUAAAGUUGUGAUUAUUACUUUGACUAUAGGUUUCUUGUUUCUCCUUUUUAAAAUUUGAGAAGAGUGGACUGUGGGGAAUAUAUUCUGUUGAUGUUUUUGGCACUUUAAAGGCAUUACCUAUCACAAUGAAAGCUCUGUAGGAUCUCCGUUUUUCGGUUUACUGCCCAUUUGUAGAGAUGAAGUCUUUUGUUUCUUUUAUUUGUUUUCGAGUGUGAUCCAUAACCGCUUGUGAUUUUGGGGUACAACGUGUGUUGCACAAUGAAACAUUAACAUUUUGAUUUAUGCUUUAGUACAAGAUAUCUCUGCUGCAGUGGGUGAAAUUUAUUUUUGAACUGCCAUAGAGACAGCUGUAAAGCCAGUAAAAGGCAUUGUAAAUGAAGAGAUUUUGUGACCUCUCAUAUGUCAUCAUGAUAUUGUUAAUAAACAAACCUAACAAACUG